UACGUCCCCUUUCCCACCGAAAGUUCGUGUGUCAGAAGCUCGUCUAGAGCAGGCAAACUUGUGGACCAGAAAAAAGCGAUUCGCCCAUUCGGUUCGCUCAUUCGCGUUUCAUCCCUUGACGAGACAGUUGGUGUGUUGUACUCGGUUCCUGAACGCGCGUCAUGGCCAAAGCGGCCUCCCAGGGUGGUCCAACUUACCCCCUCUUCGUCACUAUCAACGCCAUAAACAGCCAGAACCACUGAGGCCAUAACACUAAACGGAAGAACACAGCGAGUGCAAGCGGAUCUGACAGAUCAGGUGUUUCGAGGAUCGCACUGGACAGUGUCGAGAAGAAGAAGAAGAAGAAAAAGAAGAAAAACGGUGCGGCGGAGUGUCCUGGUGAGAACCGAACCGACCAGAGAAGCGGGAAUUUCCCGGAAGCAGCAGGUUUUUAAAAUAGCUGCUGAUUAGGAUCUAGAAGCCAGACGUCCCCCAGACCGUGAACCGUGAAUGCCAGGUUGCACAACGUUCCUUACCGCGGGGAAUGAGUGAUUUCUUGUUUUCGCGACAACCUGCAAAUUUCCGUGUGCGAAGUGGCAAAGUGGUAACGAAAAACAACUGCUAAGACAACCGGAAGAACAAGUUUAUCUUUUUCCCCUUUUAUUCCCCCUAAUUAUUGAAUCUAGAAGAAGUCUGAAGCAAAGCAGUGAAUUCAACUACAGACGCAAUUUGCACUGUGUGAGAGUGAUCGAAAAGCGGAAAGAAUAUCCAAAAAGGCGAAAAGCUCGGAAGUUAUAGUUAUCGAUGUAAAGUUUUACACUAACACACACACGCGUAAGCUAGAAGUAGAGUCGCACUUCACCGAGAAGCGAAACCCGGUGUCUAUUUUUAUACACUGACAAGUUUAUUUCCGCGCAAGAAGGCAAACCGGAAAACAGCCAGUGAAAAUCGAAUCGAGUGAAGCAAAUGAAGAGAGCGAUAAUUGAGUGCAGGGAAGCAAAGGAACGGAAAAGUUUGCGUUGAAACAGCAUUCGGGCAAUAAUCAGUCGCCGUAGGUUCCACGAAACCUGAGAGCUCCGUCACGGCCAAGACAUUCAUUCGAACGGUAUCAAAAUUGGCAGUGGCAGCAGAAAAGAAAAAAAAACAAAAACGCAGGAUAACAAUCCCAUAAUCGAUAUCGGAAAAGGACUGUAGUGAGCAAAGCGACAAGGAUUCACACGAGUGUGCUAAAAAUAGACCGUCGGGUGGUCGGUCGAAGUGUGACUGCAUAGCUAUAGUAGUGAAUCUAGGUGUGUUGCUCGCUAGUGUAAACUAACCACAGCAGAAAAAGCAACAAACAAAAUCAAUUGAAAAAAAAAAACAACAGACGUUUCGAAAAAAAAACAAAACUUUCUCGCUUGGUUGAAAUAUUCGUGACUAACGUGGAGAGAAUCGACUUCUAGAAGCUAGGCGUAUUCGCGACUGGAUUUGAACCUGUUGAUUGAUUUGUUACGUGUGCGUGUAGUGCGGCGGUUUGCCAGUUCGUGUGUCCGAUAGGCGCACACGCAAGGUCCCUAAUCACCAGUGUGUGUGCGUGUCUGUGUGUCCGGUGGCCGUAAGCAAUUUUCGCUCAAACCAUACGAUCCCGCAGGAACAAUCAAUUCCCACCCACGCAACGACCUUUCAACCGACUUAAAACUGUACAUAGCAUUAUCAGGAAGAUGUUCCGAGAAAUCCUGCCCAUUCUGGCCUACAUGAGUGUGCUAUCGAGCACUUACUCGCUGCACAUGGCGCGCGACGCUUACAUAAAAGCUCCGCCGCCACCUCCGGCUGCUGCCCAGCUGCUGGAAGAAUUGGAUGACAUGUCCGAAUUGCUGGCCGAAAACAGUAUCCCGGCUGGUCCACCGUCGUUGCAUUCCAAAGUCCACCACCAGAGUGCACUGUUGCAACAGCAGCAGCAGCAACAGCAGCAACAACAACUGCUGGCCCCGCAACUGCACACAAUCGGCGGAGUAGCCGCCGGAGGACCCCACGGGGUCGUAAUCAAUCAUCUAACCAGUAACGAACUGCCCGAACUCAGUCCGCCCCCGGUGCGUCACCCGGUCGGUCCACUGAUUCAACCCCGCGGUCUGCAGGAACUUUUCGGAGUCCAGACCAACUUCGAUAUGCGCAACAUACACCAGCAGCCACUGGCACCACAAUUGCCACCACUACAACAACAGCAGCAGUUGAAAUCUUCCUCUGCUGCCGACGACGGUGCCAACAGCGACGAAGAUCAACAGCAGCAGCCUCGAAAUUCCAACAAUAACAACAAGCGAUCAUCCCACAACAACAACAAUGGUGGCACAGCAGACGGCACCGGCGGCUUCAUGGACGACGGUCCCAGCAGUAGCGGCGGCAGUAGCAGCACCAGCAACAACAAUGGCGGCCUGCCGCAGAUCCCGCAUGGCAUGGCCAGCCAGCUGAUGCUGCGCAGUGCACGCGGUCAGCGACAGUACGAUGUUCCGCAGAUCGAAUGUCCACCCGCGAUGGACGGGAUGGAACGGUUUGCCUGUCCGACGCCGGACCGGCAAGGUCGCUAUCGGUGUAUAGACGAUCACGUGCUCUGCGACGGUUUCAUCGACUGCCCGGAGGGCGAAGACGAGGACCGACAAGCGUGUAUGUUCUACAAAACGACGAAAGCACAUCUGGAUGUGCUAGCCGACGCCUUACUGAGAUGGGCACGAGGACGCUAAGAGAGCUGUACAAAGCGAACACAAACAAACAAAAAAACAACUCCCACUCAAACAGUCAAACAGAAGAGACAGACAAACAAACCAACUAAAACUAUAAAGACAAAGCACUAUUUUUAAGAGAAACUCAACUGGCACGUAGGGACAGAGCUGCGAAGUUGAUUGAGUUAUCCGGACGCACGCAUAAACUCUGGAUGGAAAGCUGUACAUAGAGAUCAAACAAACUCACAUAGAUAAAAAAGUAUAUAUAUUUAUUAAGGACAUACCACGCACAUCUGGUGGCAGCAGCGGAAAUCGAGCAAUGGAAAAAAAGUAAGACGAGACAAUGGCUGUAGUUAAGAGAUAUGACAGUGAGUAACGAAUACGAACCCCUGAAGUAAACAAAAAAAAGAGAUAAAACAACUAAUGCUAGCUGAAGCUGACAGCUGGUGACAGAUAAUCGAUAAGUGCGAAUAAGAAAACCCCCUAGGAGAGAAAAAGAGAAAACCAAACCACGAAUUGUGCUUCACACACAAACGAGUAAAGCCACACGUGCGCAGGCGAUAAAAGACAUCUUAAAGUGUAAAAAGAAACUGUAAGUACAUAUGUAGAUGUGUAUCAAAAGACAGCCAAGUACGAGUAUACUUCUUAUUUUUUUCGAACAAGUUAUCAGUCACAUGGAUACCUAAAACUUAAGCUGAACAUGAGCGAGAUUAAAUGCUCUAAAUGCACUCGCCAGGCGACGAAACACGAAACGACAAAAAAAACGAUAUUUUCCCAUUUACUCGGCAUAAGAUAAAUUUUGCUCCGAUCGUGAGUAAAGAGUGUUCAUGCGUGCCCAGGGGCGACAGCAUUCUGCCGCCCCCAGGAUUCCACUGGUUUGUUUUGUUUUCAGACAAGCGAACUUUUACUAUAUACCAACAACUGUGGUAGUAACUUGUAAACAAGCAGAAAAUAUUAACAUCCAGAAUCAAGUUCAAGUUAAUGGAAUUAAGUCAAAGACAAAAAAAAAAAUCUUGCAGAAAACUAUUCUCAUGGAUAAGGCAGCUAUAUUGUAUAGAUAAGUCACAAUUUUAACAAAUCAAAUGAAUCCAACCUAAGUAAACUAAAUGAAGUAACAAAAUUUCACACCUUUAAGCGAUAAGGAUACACUUCACAAGCAGAGAAAAACAUUCCAACGCUCUUCAUACACACACACACUUUCUCUCUCUCUCUCUCUCUUUCUCUCACACAUACAGAAACACUUGCAUACAUUACAUACAACCUGGGAAACAAAGACAAAUCCGCACCCACACAAAUACACACAAAGGAAAGAAGAUCUCGUGUAACAUAACACACACAGAUAAACACUCUGAUUGAACACUAGCAUAAACCCCCUGAAAAAGGUGCAGGGUUAGUGCCACUUGCCAAAACACCGAACGGAAAGUGUUGAGGCGAGGUAUUGAACAAAAAAAAAGCAGAAAAAUCGAAACUGUAACAAGUCCGCGAAGAUCUUAUUUAAGUCAAACUUUUAGUUACAAAAGCAUUCGGUUCCAGCGAGAGAUAGGUCAUUUUUGUAAAUAGGCAUGCAAAAACAACAGACUAACAACCAUUAGGAUAACUUCUACUCCAACCACUACUACUACUACUACUACUACUACUACUUAUCAGAGCACGUACCCUGAUAAACAGACAUUUGCAACCAUUAGACGCGUCGUGACAGAAAAACGAUAAGUGAAAUCUCUAUGCUUUGACGUCUUGUAUACACUUUGUGGCCUGCAAAAUGGCCGUGGCCUACUUUGUUAUGAUUGGUUUCUAAGUUAGAUAAUUUGUCACGUGCGCAAAAGAAACUCGGUUCGGUUUCUCUGCAAGAGACGACCACUUUUGCCUCUUUUGCGUGCGGAUAUGACGUGUUACGAGAAACGAUAAUACCCGUGAUACCCACAACCAACCCUCGCUGGAUGUCAGUUGUUGGAUGCAACCUCGUUGAACAGUUGUUUGUUUACACCCAUACACUUCUCCUGCAAGGAGAAAUGCUGUUAGUAUCGUGCGAACGCUACAAAGUGACUGAUUAAAUCAAUGGUUAAUGUUACUAGAGUGCUACAAAGAAAAAUCGAAAACUGUUGACGUCUGUCAAACAGAAAAAAAUAGUAAUAGAGAUGCGAAAAAAAUAUUUUUUAAUUGUUUUAUUUUGAUGUUUCAAGAAUGACAGGUAGAACUGUACAGGUAAUCAAAAAAAGUGCGCGAAUUAGCGACAGGCAAACGCAAACACACACAUACCCGCAUACACACGAAGUAAAACAAUCAACUGUAAAAAUGAUUUUUAAGAACAAAACAAAAUUGGUUGUGGAUAACAGUUCGGCUGAGUUUAUUUUUCCCCAUCUAGAAGAGUGAACCAACAGAACAAACACAUUCAUACUAACACAAUUCAAACGAGCACACAAACUAACAAAUGUAAAAGUCAAUAUUUAAAUUGAAUCUAACAAAAACAAACAAAAGCAACACGAAAUAUAUAAAUGUCUAUUUGCACAAUAUAACUUUACUGGGAGAGCUAAACAGGAGAAACAGAAACUCAAAACAGCACCGAAAAAUGAUUGCCACAUAGAGACGAAACGAAAAACGACAGUAGCGAUCGGUAAUGGAGCACAACAACCAGAAAAAAAACACAAAAAGUACACAAACACCUCAGCAGAACAAUCUCUCUUUCUCUCUUUGAUGUCGAGCCGAGCUGCUGUCGUUAUCUAACACCGACACGAUCUGCUCCGUUUGUGCGGUCAAAUAGUUUGAUUGAAUGCAUGAAGAAAAGCAAAAAACAGAACAGCAAACUAAUAGACAGAAAAAAAUAACAAAAAAGCUUUUGUUAGGUGCCUAGCGCCGCCGUUUGAAUACCCACCUCUAGGUUAAUUUUUAUCAUCUUUUCAAAGUUAACAAGCGCAUCAUGGAUUGAGGCAACAGAUCAAACAAAUCUAGAUAGGACUCCCAGCCCCCCCCCCCCCCCCCCCCAGAGAGUCACAGAAGAAGAAGAAGACAGUAGUAGAGCACAAAGCCUGCAGCGAACGGCCAACAAACCGAAGAUGGUAGAGCGUUAAGUGUGUAGCCAAGUAGAUGAAUUCAGGUAUCCUUCGGAACGGAAGCGGAUGUGACAUUUUUCGCCAUCCCGCACCCGGUUCCUGUGUCCUGUUGUCUGUAACCUCUCGUGUAGUAGACAGUUAUUAUAUACAGUAAUACUACUCAGUGCCAUUAAAGUCAAAAACCCCAAAACAAAAGUCGUUCGUUACCAUGUACCAUUUUCAUCACUUUAUGUCCAAUCGCCAAUCGAUGUGUGUUCUCGUCUAUCGCCUUUUUCUCUCGACUAUCAUUGCAGUUUCUGUUUUCUGUUUCACUGUUUAUUGUUUUUUGGUUAUGUUUUCUUUAUACAAGGAGGCACUAGUGAGGGGUAAAGGUGAAGUUGACGUACGACUAUUAUGUUUAGAAAAUCUGCUAAUACCGUUAGAGCAACAGGCCUUGAUUUUAUAAAACCCCCGACAAUCAAACUGCCAGUAAAACGAGGUUUAGCAAUUUAUUCCCUUCUCAUUUCCACCGAGUAAUGUUCGGUUCCCAAAAGAGGAUCAAAGCGAACGACGUUGUCGAUAAGAAAACACGGUAAAAGAUCGACUUUGGAUGUCAAAUAGAUAGGUGAUGGAAAUGCAAACACCGCACCCAAAACUUGUGGCGACAUACUUUAAGGCCAAAUGGUAUUGAAUCCACAAAUGGCCGACUUCGAGCCAACACUUCGAAUUUUCAAUAGCACAAGAGUCGGCAACAGGUAAUGCGUCAGCUGUGAAAACGCUUUUUUUAUGUUUGCCUAAAUUAAGCAACCAUAGUAUAUCGUUAUCGCACGGUGCGCAUUAUCUAUUUCCGAGUCUUGUACUACUAAAAAUUCGAAGUGGUGGCUCGAAAUCAGCCGUUUGUGGCUUCAAUACCGUUUCACGUUAAAAUCAACAGCUACUAAUGCUUGGUUAUUGACCCUACUUAGAAACAGCUUCUUCUAUUUUUCUCCCUUAGUUUUGGGUGUAUAAAACCAACACCUGUUUGCAUCACUUGUCACUCCUCACAACAUCAAACGAAAACACCCUCAAGAAAGCGUUUCUUUAUCUAUGUACAAAUCAGUACACUUCUUCAUGGUUCUCACAUUUUCGAAAUUAGCUUUCACUUUGGAGGUGUCUCUGAGUGCAACACGGAAACUGUUUAGGAAAUAUCUUAAAGCAUUCGUAGAAGGAAAUGAAUUGGUUUCGAGUUGUCUUUUCUGCCAAAUUUCAUGACCAAAAAAUUGCAAUGUUUUUUUAUAUUUUAAAACAAAGUAGAUUGAAUCCUACCAAUUGUUCCACUGCCAAAUCAGCUUUAAAAUUUUGCAAAAUUAAAUCACCAACCAUGAAGUACUAUUUGAAGCUAAAGAACUUUCGCUCGAGCUUACAGCGGAUCCACCUGUCAUGACCCGGGUGCGAUCUCCUUCCGCUGCCCCACAACCUUAAACCGCUCAGUUCGAUUCGAACGGAUGAAGUGUUUUUUUUGCCCUCGCCAAAUUUUCGCUCGAGUCUUUCAUUCGUCGUCGUACGACGGCAACCAAGCUAAGAAGCUAGAAGAGAUUGGGGCUUAUCAGGUGAAAAAAAGUGUUCAACGGCCUUCUUCGAAUAAAGCCCCCUUCGUUGGUGGGAGAUUUUGCUGCUUGCUUCUACUACCAGCACUCUCGGAGUCCCGGUUGCAGAUCUUAUCGAAUUAUAACAAACCCAGACCGUGCGAACCUUUUACACAAGUAGCGCGGUUCGAAAUAAUCGAGCAAUCUGUUUGGUGGGCAAGCGUGUACCAGGUGAAAAGCUACUUUUAAAAAUAAGCUUUCAAUUGUGGGUCUUCAUGCGAAUCGGAAAUAAAGUUAAAAUUGUGCUGCCUGAUUUGGGCUUCCCAAGCGAGCCAAACGAACGACGACGGCAAGAAAGAAAGAAAGCCCCGGUCGGCCUAGACCUAAACGCUGUGGAUAAAGUUUACAAGUGGAUCUUGAAGUGCUUAAACCAGACUGACGGUUUUUCUACCCCUCGCUGUAAAGGUGGAGGAAACAAGUAAGCAAGCAACAGUUUGCUAAUAGCUUGUAAGCUCUGGCCUCUCUAUGAAAGAGGGGGCAUGUUUAGAUAUUGAAUAUUUCUGAAAAAAAAUGGAUAAGAAUUUUAAUGGCUCCGAGCACUCUACUAUGUCCUACGUGGGAGAAACAAACCGGCUGUGUUUGAACAAUUCACCGGUUCAGAGGUCGGGACCACCCUGCUGCUGGCUUCCUUUUUCUCUCUCUACCUUUCUAGUCAAGUAUACAGCAUCAACAGCAAUUAAUUUCAAGCGAAGUUCUAGACGAGUUUUCGCGAAGCACUAACUAGCGGCAGCGCUAUCACUCCGAAAAUAUGUGAACCAUUUGGGGAGGCAGCUUGGGGGUUCCCACCUCAAAGGAUUCGUUUGAUUGCACUGCUCUCUCGCUGAGGCCGUGGAAAUUUUUGGGUUUGUUUGUUCUGUGAGGGUGGAUUGUGUGAUGAGCUGUAUGUUCUAGUGACAUCUUUUCUGAUGAAAUUUUUUUGUAAUAGUUUACUUACAAUUAUUUGAUUAUUUUAAUAAAGUAGAAAACCAGACAACGCACUUUUCCUUCAACCCUCACGGUGCCUUCUUACGUACAUCGAUCAUCCAUCGCUUAUUGUCAUUUGUUUUCGAAGAAGAGAAGUUAUAUUGCUCCGUACCCGUCACUGGAUUUUUCCCGGUGAAAAUAGAUCCUUCAAACCAAGUGUCUAACGAAGUUCAGUUGAACCCGCUCGGUAAAGUAAAGUACAUAAUGCCUAGAUGUGUGCUAGUAGUAGCAGUAGAUGUUGACCAACACAUAUAUGUAAUGACCCUUCAAGUUUUAUUUUGUUUAAAACUCGUCAUAAAGGACGACACGCAUAAUCACUUCGGUUUGACACAUUGCGACGCGCAUCAGUGGAAAUCAACCGAAGGUGGAUGUUUGCGAAACCAGCUACAAAUAUACAACACACAAACGAACACAUUUACACUAACACGAAACAAGUAAACGAAUCACCAGUUUUCUUAGUGCGAGAGCCCAUGCGAGCGAACCUCGAGUGCCGACGGUUCGACUUCUAGCAAGUAAAAAUCCAAAAAAAGUAUAUAAAAAUACAAAGAAAAGACUGACUUAGUGCGACCGAAAAAAAAAACCUAAUAAAUACAAAAAAAUAAAAGUAGUUAGCAAGAGAAUAAAAAUUAACCUAUCGACCAUGGGUAUUUGAAUGGGCUUUCCCGCCGGGAAAGCAAAAGGUGAAAGCAUACAAAAGCUGUAGGCCAGGGCACUUAAAAAGGCGACAAAACGGACAGGACAGAGAUAGUAAGAUCGAAUCCAGAGCUAACGCCGAAUGUGAGUGUAACAUUCGAGCAAUGCCGAAGAAGAAAGGAAACAAAAACUAACAACAACCAAAAGCAAAUCGUCCCACUUCACUUAGCAAUAACUUUCAAACUUAUCAGAAACAAUUUAAACUUUAAAGGUUUUGCUUUGCCAAGGCCGCAGGUUUAACUCUGCUGGCUAGUGGUAGAGUUUGCUGAAGGAAAGUGACAAAAAAUUAAAGCAAGUACGAAUCAAUUUCGAUCUCAUAUCGUGUAUAUUCAUUGUGUUUUUCUGUUUUCAAAACAAAAAAAUAAUCCUAAAAAAACUAAAAUUGGAUGAGAAGUAAGCAUUAAACAUAUUAUUUUAUAAGCGAAAACCCCCCCUUGUGAAAAUGAUAUUAAGAGCAACACUUCGAAAAGCAAAUCAGAACAAAUGCUGCUAAGUAAAACAGAAGAAAAAAUCUGCAACUUUAAGUAAACAUUACAAAAAUGGGCUCCCGCACUUUGAAAAGGUUGUAAAACAAGCAAACAAACGAUGAUGAGAUACGUGAGAAUCUAAGGUAGAGAGUAUCCAAAGCAAAAAACGACUCUUUACGACAGGAACAAUGUACAUUAGAAUACCCAACCGGAACAGACAGAACCCGCAACGGGCAGCGAGAAGACAGUGAACAAAAACAAACAAACAAACAAAAACGAGCAAAAAAUCUGAAGCUUACAAAGAGAACAAAAAAAAACAAACAACUAAGAACAAAACUUGUUAAUAUCGCCGUCGAAUGGAAAUAUUUGUUAUUUAAAGAAAGAAAAAGUAUUUAAAUGCUGCAAACCAAAGAGAAAAGAAAGGAAAGUGAGCGAAGCAGCAGCAAACCGCGGAUAAUCCGAAUAAAAAAAAUGAAUGAGAGAAGAACAAGCUGGAAAUAUAUAAACUAAUUUAGAUAUAAUAAAUAUAUUAAUAAAAUAAGAACAUUA